AUGGGAGUAGCAGGUGGCAUGACGAAUGCGAAGUGCAGAGAUGCAUGCCGGGCAGGAGGCUUUGUGCUGGCUGGUACUGAAUAUGCUGGCGAGUGCUUCUGUGACAACCAGAUCAGAAACAAUGGCGGUCCUGCACCUGAUGGCGAAGCGAAGUGCAACAUGCCGUGCAACGGAGACCAGACGGAGAUGUGCGGCGGUCCUGAUCGCUUGACAUUCUUCAGAUUCUAUACAGGUGGUGAAUCAACCGUCUCCGCAACCACUUCACCAACUGCUUCACCCACUGCUUCACAGGCGACGUCUGCGACCAAGACAACUAGUGCGGUGCCUGUCGCUACUGGGCUCCCAGAAGGGUUCGAGUACAAGGGCUGUUAUGUUGAUGGACCUGGAUUCCGCAUAGUCAACUACCAACAACCCGAUGAUCAAAGUAUGACCAUCGCGUCAUGCGCCAGCAAGUGCGCGAAAGCUGGUUAUGAGAUCGCAGCGAUGGAAUAUAGUUACCAGUGCUUCUGCGACAACACCGUGAGAAUGGGUGGUAAACCUGCUUCUUCCGAAUCGGAGUGCAACACCAAGUGCGCGGGUAAUCAAGACGAAACGUGUGGAGGUCCCAACCGGAUGAGCAUUUACUCAAGCCAAGAUCCGUUGAAGGUCAUCCAGGUUCCAGUUCCUGUCCAGAAUGUGAGCGAUUGGAGAUACCAAGGAUGUAUUACCGACGCUGGCAAUCAAGUUUUCCCAUGGAAGCUAGUGAACCAAACUGGCAAUUCUCCAGAGUGGUGUCUAAGUCAAUGUCAAGCCUUUGGCUACAUGGCAGCUGGAAUGGAGUACGGUGAAGAAUGCUAUUGCGGAGACCUCGACGGUAUCGAGAAGAUCGGUUCGAAGACCGUCGCAGAGUCUGAAUGCAACAUUGCUUGCCCAGGAAAUCCCGAAGCCCUCUGCGGCCAAGGCAACCGGCUCAGCUGGUACAAGUGGGAAGGCGAACCAUUGUAUGUAUGGGAGUAUCCUAAAGGCAUCGCGGCUGGACGCUACGAGUUCUUGGUUGGUGGUCCCAUCAUCCCCUUGAUUGCGCAGCCUGGUGUCAACGGUAAGGUAUCCCUCCUCGAAAAGCACGGAACAGGAGAGCCAAACACGACUGGUGCAUAUGAGUUUGAUCCUUCAAUCGGUGGCGACAUCUUCCAUGCAUUCCGUGAGCUAAGCGGCAUCAAGACGGACAUCUUCUGCGCUGCAGGCCUAACCUUGCCGGAUCGUGCGGGUCGGCAGAUCAACAUCGGCGGAUGGUCGACAGACUCAUUGUUUGGCGUCCGCAUUUACUGGCCAGACGGUUCUGCUGGUGUCAAUGGCACGAACGACUGGCAGGAAGAUGUUAACACAGUCAAGCUCCAGAGAGGUCGAUGGUAUCCGACAGGGAUGGUUAUGGCUAACGGAUCGAUGCUGAUUGUCGGCGGGCAAGAUGGCUCAAAUGGUCCGCCAGUGCCAAAUAUGGAGAUAUUGCCCACCGUCGGGCCUGUAUAUGAGGCGCAGUAUCUCAGGGAUACCGACCCGUACAACCUUUAUCCCUUCCUAGUCGUGCUGCCAUCCGGUGGUAUCUUCAUCCAGUACUACAACGAGGCACGCAUCUUGGACGAAGUCAGUUUGGACACAGUCAAGAUCUUGCCAAAGGCACCAGCUGCCGUCAACGAUCCUACAGGGGGGCGAACUUACCCGUAUGAGGGUACUCAAGUUCUUCUUCCUCAGUACUAUCCUUAUGAUGCACCGUUGGAGGUCCUCAUCUGUGGUGGCGCAGCAAGACAACCUAAGUGGGGACUCGACAACUGCGUUAGCAUCGAACCAGAUGUUGCCAACCCCGAAUGGACUCUCGAACGUAUGCCCUCUCGACGUGUCAUCUCGUGCAUGGCAACGCUACCAGAUGGCACCUAUCUGAUUCUGAACGGAGCUGAGGUUGGCGAAGCAGGUUUCGGUCUUGCGGAUCAAUCCAAUCUGAACGCUGUUCUGUACGAUUCGCGGAAGCCACGUCACCAGCGUAUGAGCAUCAUGGCCAACACGACCAUCGCGCGCAUGUACCAUUCCGAAGCCGUGGUCAUGGACGAUGGGAGAAUACUUGUAUCGGGCUCUGAUCCCCAAGAUCAGGGCAAGCAUCCUCAGGAGCACCGGAUAGAGGUCUUUCUCCCACCUUAUCUGCUCUCUGGUGCAUCGCAGCCUACCUUCGACCUACCCCAGAACGACUGGAUUUGGGAGGCAGACUACUCUUUUACGGUAACUUCGUCUUCCGGUGGUCCGAUCAAAGUUUCGCUGCUCGGAUCUGAGUCUAGCACUCAUGGAAGCUCGAUGGGUGCGCGCAUUCUAUUCCCGAGCGUGUCUUGCUCAGGCAGAGCGUGUACAGUCAAGGCGCCAAAGGGACCAUACGUUGCUCCAGUGGGCUGGUAUAGGAUGUUUGUUCUAGAUGGACCUACACCCUCGCAUGCGAAGUGGGUUCGUCUUGGUGGUGACCCGGCUGCGCUUGGGAACUGGCCUGACGCCGCCGCAUUUCAGCCACUCCCAGGUCUGGGACCCGUCGGACCUGUGGGAAGAUCAAGCGCGAAUGCGACCGUACCAAGGUCAAUCUCGACCGUUGCUCUGAGCUUCAAGGGCUGA